UUUUCCAGCAAAAAUAUAGCACAUUAAUUGUGUUUUGUCAUUAUGAAGUUAUUGCUGUUUUUGCUUGGUUUUGCUGCUUUAGCAGCAGCUGUACCUAUUUCAAAUGAGGAAAAGACAUAUCCUCGGUUCAUUGAAUUCCCCGAUGGAGACGGUGUAAUGCACACGGUGGAUCUGGAAGCAGAACCAGACAUGGAACUUCUGGAAGAGAUUAACAGAAAUCCUGCCAAUAACCGUUAUCUUCUUUAUACUAGACGCAACUCCAGAGUUUCACAGACAUUAGUUAUUAACGAUGCCAACUCUGUUACGUCAUCGAACUUCAACGCACGCCUCCCCACCAUUGUUGUCGUUCACGGUUGGCUAAGCAAUCAAUUAACUAGUACGAAUACGGUAAUAAGAGACGCAUGCUUGAAGAAGAGCGAUGUUAAUGUGAUUGUCAUGGAUUGGAGGCGACUAGCAUCUUCUGAUUAUGCUACCGCGGUAAGGGGAGUGCCUGCGGUGGGCCGCGGGCUAGGACAGUUCCUGACUUUCCUCAACCGGGUGACAGGCGCACCAUUCAACACAAUGCACUUAGUUGGAUUCAGUUUGGGUGCUCAUGUUGUUGGAAACGCUGGCAGAGAAAUUGGAGGAAGAGCAGCUCGUGUUACUGGAUUGGACCCUGCUGGACCACUAUGGAAUACCAACUCAAACCGUCUGAGACCCAGUGACGGUGUUUAUGUCGAAGCUAUACAUACUGACGGUGGAACCGCAGGUCUGGGUAUUGGAUCAGCUGUUGCUAAUGCCGACUUCUUCCCUAAUGGUGGCAACUCACAACCGGGCUGUGUAACUAGUUUGUGCAAUCACAAUCGUGCUUGUGAACUGUUCGCUGCGACUGUCACCAACAAUCACCUUGUCGGUCGGCAAUGCUCCAGCACAUUACAAGUUUCUUUGAAUACUUGUACUGGCUCUAGAUUGAACAUGGGCAACGACAUUUUAACUAAAUCCGGAUCCGGAUUGUAUCGCGUGAACACAGGCAGAAGUCAUCCUUUCUAAGGUUUCAAUGAAUAAAUUUGAUGUAAUUACAAAAUAAAUGCUGGAAUAUUCACAA